AUGAUUAUCCCCAUCCGCUGCUUCUCUUGCGGCAAGGUGACCGGCGACCUGUGGGAGAGAUAUCUCGUCCUCAUCGACCAGGGCAUUCCCGACGGUGACGCGAUGGACCAGCUCGGUCUUAGGCGGUACUGCUGCCGCCGCAUGGUCAUGACGCACGUCGAUCUGAUCGAGAAGCUCCUCAAGUACACCCCCGACGGCCGCAACGAGAAGAAGAUCCAGCUCGGCCAGCGAUAG